UAGUUAGUUAGUUAGCUAGUUGUAUCCACCUUCACUCUACUCUCAUUUUCGUCCUACUAAUUCUACUAAUAACAGUACGCAUACAUACACACAUACAGACAGACAUACGCAUACACUCACACACGCACUUUCCAUCGUUAUAUACACUAGAGGUUAGAUGUAAGUAUAUAUAUACAGACAUAACGCGCUAGGACACGUGAACAUAAGCAUAGACACACAAUACACACGUGCACACAGACACACAGACACACACACACAUACACUGAGAGGAGAGAAAUAUAGCUACAACACUAGUGUUGUAAUACUUUUGAAUGGAUUCAUCAAUCUGCUGUUGUCCUGACAUCGUUUAUUUCACUAGUUUGUUAAUAUUUGAACUUGAAACUAAUACACUGAGACUUUCUAAUGUACUCAGCAUCAUCAUCAUCAAUUAUAUUGCAUAUCUAAAAUAAAUGAAAUUUAAUGCCGUAAUAAAGUUUGGAAUGUACAGUAGCGUUUCUGGAAAUACAUAUUUUUUAUAUGUCGACUGUUGCUGUUAGCAGGGAAGGCAAAUAAUACAUAUGCGCAAGAAUACCAACACAAUCACUACUGUCUUCACUGUUGACGUCUGACUAGAGGGGAAAAAGGCGACAGUGAAGGCGAACGAGACGGAAUGGAAUAAAAUGCGGUUUUCACACUACAACCUGUGAUUUAUCCGGAUUUAUAGUAUACACAUACACAUACAUAUAAAUAUAAAUAUACGCAUAUCUAGUGCAUAAAAAGUACCGUUUUGCGGAGGUGAACGUCAUGUGGAAGAAAUGCUGUAUAAUAAGCUGUGUCAAGUGUAGCCAACACCAAGAGAAUGAUUAUCGUCAGAAAAACCUAACCAAACUGAAAACAUCGGGGAAUUCAACAACAAAUUCGGAUGUUAUGCCACCUUUACUGUUGGUAAAUUCUACAGAUUUAAAACCAAUUGAAAAUAAUCACUCUAUGAAUUCAAAGUGUGAUCCACAAGAGAAGAAUAAUGCAAAUACAAAUAUUGUUGUUGCUGCUGAGAAAGAGAAACUGUCUACAAGUCCUGCUGAUGUGUCCACUACACUGAACACGAAUGAAUUAAACUCGAUUAAGCCUGAAAUUAGGGUGGAGAGUAAUAAUUCUGUAGUACAGAUAAGUGGAAGUACCACUGACUCGAUUAACCCUACUACUACUACUUCUAAUACUAAUAUUAAUGUUAUACCAGGCGAUAGUCCAAUGUCCACCUCUUCCACCUCCGUCUCAUUAACCGAUACAACCAACUCGGCGAUAAUAAAGCGUCCUUUGAAACCUGUAGAUUCAUUUGUACACAGAAGAGAAAGGGAAGAGGAAGGCGUUAGACCGUUCAAUCAGUUAUUUAGGCGAUCUAUUUCCAAUGCACAUUUCACUUCUAUUAAUCAUUCACACCAUCAUAAUCAGCAUUAUCAUCAGCAACAAGCACAACAGAAUUCUAAUUCUAAUAAUAAUAAUGUUAAUAAUAGUAAUAAUCAAACUAUUCCUACAUUUUUCUUACCCCGUACAACAACGUCUGAUUCUACAACAACACUCUCGUUAACACUGUCCCCCAAUAAUACACCGACUAUGUAUGAUUCAACUGGUCUACAACCGGGAACAAAAAAACCACCUAUCCGUAGAGGAUCUAUGAUAGUAAGACUUGGUAGAUCAAGUACCGGUGGAACAGGUGGCAUUACUGGCGGAUGCGGCGGCGGAGGCGGAGGCGGCGGUGGUGGUGGCAGUCUGUCAAGUACAAAUGGAUUAGCUGGAAUACUAACUGAUCCUACAAAUAAUCUACCGGGCAGUGCUGUUGAAGGUGUCAUUGUAACUCCAUUUGCUCAAGUACUUGUUAGUAUGCAACGAAUACGGAGUGCAUUUAUCCGGUUAACAGCUGCUCAAGUGACAAAUAGAUACAACAUUUCUACUGUAUUCGAUUCGGGUUCAACGGAAAUUCUAACACCGGAUAGUGCUGAAUAUAAGGCGAUCGCGAAUGAAACACUUGAAGAAUUGGAAUGGUGCUUGAAACAACUGGAAAAUAUUCAAACAAAGCGACCUGUUUCAGAUAUGGCAUUUUCAAAAUUCAAACGUUUGCUAAACAAAGAGUUGAGCAGUUUUGGCGAAGCUGAUAAAUCUAGGCAUCAAAUAUCUGCAUACAUUUGUGAAACAUUUUUGGAAACUGAAAAAGAUGCUGAAGCCAAUGAAGAGAUUGAAUCAAUGCUGGAGAGACGACGUAGCAGUGGCCAGUCACACUGUUCCAACAGUGGACAAGACUCGGGCAAUGGAAAUAAACGGCAUUCAUCAAUAGCCAGUGACGUGAACGCCAGUAUAUCCAGUGCGAAAUCACCGGAUUCCUCUUCAAAAGGAAAACUGGAAUCUCCUGGCAGUGCAUCCGCGGAAUCGCAUAAAGUUACCCAACCAAGUGAUACAAACACGUCUGCAGCAAGACAGUCAAUGACAAAUUCAUCAAAAGGAACAAAUGUUGACGAGAAAUCUGGAACAGACAAUGCGUCGACACUUCCGAUUCACGGUGUUGAAACUCCCAAUGACAAAGAACUAGAAGAGAGAUUUACUCAAAGCUUAGAUGAAUGGGGUUUGGAUAUCUUUGAAAUUGAUCGGUUGUCCAACGGACAUGCACUCACAACUGUAGCCUACAGAAUAUUUCAGAAACGUGAUCUCCUGAGGACUUUCUGUAUAGAUCCAAGCGUUUUUGUACGCUAUAUGUUAAAAGUGGAAUCCACGUAUCAUGCUGAUGUUCCGUAUCACAAUUCAAUGCAUGCAGCUGAUGUUUUACAGACAUCGCAUUAUUUACUACAAGCAGAAACACUGGAUGAUGUGUUCAGUGAUCUGGAGAUCUUAGCUGUUCUUUUCGCCUCAGCUAUCCACGAUGUCGAUCAUCCUGGAGUAACAAAUCAAUUUCUUGUCAAUACCGGGCAUGAAUUAGCCUUACAGUACAAUGAUUCCUCUGUACUGGAGAAUCAUCAUCUUUAUAUGGCCUUUAAAAUUCUAAGUGAACCAGAAUGCGAUAUAUUUGCUAACUUAGGCGUUAAGAAACGUCAAACACUGCGUAGAAUGGUAAUAGAACUGGUACUAGCAACAGACAUGUCCAAACAUAUGAGUUUGUUAGCUGACCUACGGACAAUGGUUGAAACUAAAAAGGUUUCUGGAUCGGGUAUACUGAAUUUGGACAAUUAUGCAGAUCGAGUACAGAUUUUGCAAAAUAUGAUCCACUGUGCUGAUCUGAGUAAUCCAGCUAAACCGUUACGAUUAUAUCGAAAGUGGACUGGACGUCUAAUUGAAGAAUUCUUUAGACAAGGGGAUAAAGAAAGAAAACUAUCACUUGAAAUUAGUCCAAUGUGUGAUCGUGAAUCUGUAGCAAUUGAAAAAUCCCAGGUUAGUUUCAUUGACUUCGUAUGCCAUCCUUUAUGGGAAACCUGGUGUGAUCUUGUCCAUCCUUGUGCUCAGCUAGUUCUAGACACCCUGGAAGACAACAGAGACUGGUAUGAAUGCCAAGCAGAGGAUCCCAAGUCGAAAGGUGCUCAGUCUGCAAGACCAAAGUUGGCGACUGCAGCUGAAGAUGACGAGGAAGUGUCAAUAACCUCAGGAAAUGCACAAGAACAAUAAGUUUAUUCUACAGAAACAUACAUACAUACACACAAACAGACAAACAAACAAUUACACAACUGUUUGUUAUACAAUAUGCCUUUUGUCUAAAUAACCUUUGUGCUACAAUUGUCAAAAUCACGUAUUUAUUGAGUUAUGAAAUGAAUACGCUGACAGAUGUCCUCCUACACUCAAAUUUGUUUUUCUAAAUGACACACCUACCUAUCAGCAAGCACACACACACAAACACAAACACACAAACACAAGAAAACACUGACUUUUAUCUAGGUACCAAUAAUAAUAACAAUAAUAAUAAUACUGUUGCUGAUCCCCCUAUUUUUUUUCCUUGACAAGUUUAUUUUUUGUUUUGUUUAUUUUGAAUUAUAAACAAUUGCAGAAAUGAUGAAUACGUGUCGGGUUGCCUGAACUCUCUAUCUCUCUCUCUCGCUCUCUCUAUCGUAUCGGUUCUGUUUACCCUCCUUUUUUUUCAUUAUUCAUAUUCACCUGAUUGUUGUUCAUCACAUUUACUGAUCGAUUUAUUUGUAAACAAUUUCUGCAUAUAAGGAGAAAGAACCACAGAUGUCAAUCUCAUUCAUAUGCAUUCAAUGCAUAGAAAUACAUAAAAAAACAGCGCUAACGAUUGUGUAUUUUUGGAGGAAAAGCUAGUCGUAAAUUACGAUAUCUCCACUUCAUACUAUUUUUUCCCCCGACAGUUUGAAUAGUUCCUAGUUGGGAAAUGAGCAUCAAUGCAGGUGCUGAAACUGACAGAAACACACAAGAAAGAAUGUACUCCUCAUGCAUAUAUACAUUUUUACAUUUAUUGACAAGAUUGGGAUAAUGAUACAGCCGGGCAGGCAGGCAGGCAGGAAGGCAAGCAGGCGUGCAUUUUACUUCUUUCCUAAAGUAGUAACACAUUUUGUCCAACCCGUGUCGGUAAUCACUGUGUCCGACAUCAUACCCUCGGUCAAAUGGAAUGAUUCUCUAUUUUAAUAAACAACAUUAUUAACCAUUGUUACCAGUCAUUUCGACUGCUGAUCACCCUUCUUCUCAACAUCCUCUUCCUCCAGAUUUCUUUUUUUAUGGCUGCUUAUUUUGAUUCCGCUUUAUACAACAGCCUUGUACUCUUGUGUCGUGUUUUCGCCAAAACACUACUGAGUGUUGAAUGUGAGAACUAUAUGUAUGAAUACAUUUCAUAUUCCUUCUUAAAGUCCCUCUCUCUAUCUGUCUCUCUUCUAAUUUACAAGGAUGCUCGGUGAUAUGGAGCUUGGUUCAUCUUUUUUUUUCCCAACCUUUCAUUUUAUUUUAUCUCGAACAGAAGUAGUGGAAACUGAACAGUCACACUGUUUUUCAAUCAUGAUGACGAGGUUGUCAAGAGAUGUGGAACAAACAAGUAGACUUGAUACCAAAACCAUGAAAUGUUUCAACUUUUGUGACUUUUGCAUGAAUCUAAAAGUUGUUUAUUUCCUUUACAAAAAGAACAAGAAACUAUUUCUUUCAGCGCCUAGUGAGUAGUAUCUGCUUUGUGUUUGUUUGAGUGCGCGUGUGUGUGUGUAUGUAAAAACUGGCUGAUUUAUACACCCAUUGAUGAAUACUCUUGGAGCAUACAAAUAAUUGUGUUACUUUUAUUGUACUAUAAUAAUAAUAAUAAUAAUAAUGAUUUUAUGACACCCAGUAUUCAUAUAAAAUCUAUUAACCUGUUAUGAUUAAUACUGAUACUAUUAUUAUUACGACUGUU